UUCAGACCCCGAACUCAGAAGCCGGGAUUCUGGAACUGUCGCCCUCGAAGAGGAGGAGGACUGGACCGCGAGGUCAGAUCGGGUUGUCACCCCCUCUUCUCCCCUCCCGGGGAGGCUUCCCGGGCCCGCCCCUCCGGAAGGGCGAAGGCGAGGAAGAGGUGGCGAGGCGAGGGGAGGGGAACGGGCUCCUCGCCCCCUCUCCCCGCUUGGCACAGCCGCUGGAAGACCCCACAAGGAGGAGGAAGCACUGGGGCACCAUAGUGACCCCUACCAGGCUAGCCCCCAUUCUCAGGGCCCCCAGGGGCCACCAUGCCAGCUGGGGGCCGGGCUGGGAGCCUGAAGGACCCAGAUGUGGCUGAGCUCUUCUUCAAGGAUGACCCUGAAAAACUCUUCUCUGAUCUCCGGGAAAUUGGCCAUGGCAGCUUUGGAGCUGUGUACUUUGCCCGGGAUGUUCGGAAUAGUGAAGUUGUGGCCAUCAAGAAGAUGUCGUACAGUGGAAAACAGUCAAAUGAGAAAUGGCAGGACAUCAUCAAAGAGGUUCGGUUUCUACAGAAACUCCGGCAUCCCAAUACCAUUCAGUACCGGGGCUGUUACCUGAGGGAGCACACGGCUUGGCUGGUGAUGGAGUAUUGCCUGGGCUCUGCUUCAGACCUUCUAGAAGUGCACAAGAAGCCCCUGCAGGAGGUAGAGAUUGCAGCUGUGACCCAUGGAGCCCUUCAGGGUCUGGCUUAUCUGCACUCCCACAACAUGAUCCAUAGGGAUGUGAAAGCUGGAAACAUCCUACUCUCAGAACCAGGCUUGGUAAAGCUGGGUGACUUUGGUUCCGCAUCCAUCAUGGCACCUGCUAACUCCUUUGUGGGCACCCCAUACUGGAUGGCUCCAGAGGUGAUCCUGGCUAUGGAUGAGGGACAGUACGAUGGCAAAGUGGAUGUCUGGUCCUUGGGAAUAACCUGCAUCGAGCUGGCUGAACGGAAACCUCCACUGUUUAACAUGAAUGCGAUGAGUGCCUUAUACCACAUUGCACAGAACGAAUCCCCUGUGCUUCAGUCAGGACACUGGUCUGAAUACUUCCGGAAUUUUGUUGACUCCUGUCUUCAGAAAAUCCCUCAAGACAGACCAACCUCAGAGGUUCUACUGAAGCAUCGCUUUGUGCUUCGAGAGCGGCCACCAACAGUCAUCAUGGACCUAAUCCAGAGAACUAAGGAUGCAGUGCGAGAGCUGGACAACCUUCAGUACCGCAAGAUGAAAAAGAUACUGUUUCAAGAGGCACCAAAUGGUCCUGGUGCUGAGGCCCCAGAGGAGGAGGAGCCUGCACCCUGUCCACAGGAGACAGAGCCCUACAUGCAUCGGGCUGGGACACUGACCAGUCUAGAGAGUAGCCACUCUGUGCCCAGCAUGUCCAUCAGUGCUUCCAGCCAGAGCAGCUCGGUCAAUAGCUUAGCAGAUGCCUCCGACAAUGAGGAGGAAGAGGAGGAAGAGGAAGAGGAAGAAGAAGAAGGGCCAGAAGCCCGGGAGAUGGCCAUGAUGCAGGAGGGAGAACACACAGUUACUUCCCAUAGCUCCAUCAUCCAUCGACUGCCGGGCUCUGACAAUCUGUAUGAUGACCCCUACCAGCCAGAGAUAACCCCAAGCCCUCUCCAGCCAACCACAGCCCCAGCUCCCACCUCUACCACCUCUUCUGCCCGCCGCCGGGCAUACUGUCGAAAUCGAGAUCAUUUUGCCACCAUCCGUACUGCCUCCCUGGUUAGCCGUCAGAUCCAGGAGCAUGAGCAGGACUCAGCUUUGCGGGAGCAGCUGAGUGGCUAUAAGCGGAUGCGACGACAGCACCAAAAACAGCUGCUAGCCUUGGAGUCCCGGCUGCGAGGUGAGCGGGAGGAACACAGUGCGCGACUCCAGCGAGAGCUUGAAGCACAGCGGGCUGGUUUUGGAGCUGAGGCAGAAAAGCUGUCACGGCGGCACCAGGCCAUUGGUGAGAAGGAGGCACGAGCUGCUCAGGCUGAGGAACGAAAGUUCCAGCAGCACAUCCUUGGGCAGCAGAAGAAGGAGUUGGCUGCCCUUCUAGAGGCACAGAAGCGAACCUACAAACUUCGAAAGGAGCAGCUCAAGGAGGAGCUCCAGGAGAACCCCAGCACCCCCAAACGGGAGAAGGCAGAGUGGCUUUUGCGACAGAAGGAACAGCUACAGCAGUGCCAGGCAGAAGAAGAGGCAGGGCUGCUGCGGCGACAGCGACAGUACUUUGAGCUUCAGUGUCGUCAGUACAAGCGCAAGAUGCUUCUGGCUCGUCACAGCCUGGAUCAGGACCUGCUUCGAGAGGACCUGAACAAGAAACAGACACAGAAGGACUUGGAGUGUGCUUUGCUGCUGCGGCAGCAUGAAGCCACACGGGAGCUGGAGCUUCGGCAGCUCCAGGCUGUACAACGCACAAGGGCUGAGCUCACCCGCCUACAGCACCAGACAGAACUGGGCAAUCAGCUGGAGUACAACAAGCGUCGUGAACAAGAGUUGCGACAGAAGCAUGCGGCCCAGGUUCGCCAGCAGCCCAAGAGCCUCAAAGUACGUGCAGGCCUGCAUCCCCCGGGUCUCCCGCUCCCCAUUCCUGGGGCUCUGGGACCACCCAUCACAGGCAUCCCUAGAGAAGAGCAGCCCUGUUCAUCUGGCCAGGAGGCAGUCCUGGACCAAAGAAUUCUGGGAGAGGAGGAAGCAGUUCGAGAGAGAAGGAUUCUGGGAGAGGAAGGGGCCACUUUGGAGCCAGAUGAUCAGAGGAUAUUGGGGAAAGAAUUCGAAACCUCUAGGCCUGGUUCACAGAAACAUAGUUUUGCUAAUGAGGAAGUUUGGGGUCUUCCAGAGGAGGAGCUAGAGCUUAGAAUCCCAUCCUUGUCACCUCAGGAGAGGAACAUUGUGGGGCAAGAGGUGACCGGGGGAUGGAGCUUAUGGGAGAAGGAGGAUGGGUACUUACUGGAUAAUGAGUUUGAACUUGACUGGGUCCAGGGCCCAGCACUGACCCCAGUCCCUGAGGAAGAGGAGGAAGAGGAGGGGACUCAAAUUAGAACCCCAAGGGAUCCUGGAGAUGGCUGUCCCUCACCAGACAUCCCCCCGGAACCCCCUCCAACACAUUUGAGACCUGGCAUUGCCAGCCAGCUCCCUGGACUCCUGUCCCAUGGCUUCCUGGCUGGCCUCUCCUUUGCAGUAGGAUCCUCUUCUGGGCUCCUGCCUCUGUUACUUCUUUUGCUGCUCCCCUUGCUGGCAGCGCAAGGUGGAGGUGGCCUACAGGCAGCACUACUGGCCCUUGAGGUAGGGCUUGUAGGCCUGGGGGCCUCCUACCUGCUUCUUUGUACAGCUCUACACCUCCCCCCCAGUCUGUUCCUACUGCUGGCCCAAGGCACUGCAUUAGGAGCGGUCCUGAGUCUGAGCUGGCGUCGAGGACUUUUGGGUGUGCCUCUGGGCCUUGGGGCUGCCUGGCUACUAGCCUGGCCAGUCCUAGCUCUACCUCUGGCAGCUGUAGCAGCUGGGGGUAAAUGGGUGCGACAGCAGGGCCCCCGGAUGCGCCGUGGCAUCUCACGACUCUGGUUGCGGGCUUUGUUACGCCUGUCACCCAUGGUCUUUCGGGCCUUGCAAGGCUGUGGGGCUGUUGGGGACAGGGGCUUAUUUGCACUCUACCCCAAGACUAACAAAAAUGGCUUCUGUAGCCGUCUUCCUGUGCCUGGGCCCCAACGGAGUAAUCUCCGUACUGCCAAACACCCUCUAGCCCUGUUAGCUUGGUUUUGGGCCCUGUGCAAGGGCUGGAACUGGCGUCUGGCACGAGCCAGCCAGGGUUUAGCCUCCCGCUUGCCCCCCUGGGCCAUCCAUACACUGGCCACCUGGGGCCUAUUUCGGAGUGAACGACCCAGUCGAAUUCCCAGGCUGCUGCCACGAAGCCAGCGCCAACUAGGGUCGUUAGCCUCCCGCCAGCUGCCAUCAGGGACUCUAACUGGGCGGAGAUCUCGAAUGCGCCCGGCCAGGACCCUGCCUCCCUGGAGGUGACUGACUCUCCAGUGGCCCAAAUUUAGAGUAUUGAGCACUUUAUUUCCCACUUCUUAGUGAAGUUUCUCCAGUUCUUGCCCUCUCCUACUUUUCACCCUCCUCCUUUGGUGUGCUUCUCCACCUCACUCAAGCUCCUCAGACCUUUAGACAGGCAGUGUCCUCCACCAUGGGGUCAGAAGUUACACUCUGUGUUCUUCUGACGUUCCUCCCUACCCUAAGUUAUUGCUGUUCUCCCACUGUGUUUGUGCUCAUCCUCACCCUCAUCAACUCAGGCCUGGGGCCAGGGCUGGCAGGGGGGUGGAAAGUGUCACGGUGGGUUUUUUUUUUUUCUCUCUUUGAUUUUGUUUUUCUGUCUCCCUUCCAACCUUUCCCCUCACCCCCACCAAAAAAAAAAAAAAAAGAUAAACACAAAUAAAAUAUCUGAGCGGAACUA